AUCGCUGCACUCGCUUUGCUUUGUAUGCAAAUGCAUUCUAUCAAGUACAUACAAUGUUGCAUUUAGUCGUCAUCAUCAUGUUCGAGUGAAAUCGGAAAAGUGCACCCGUCCUGAUUCUGCGGCACAACUCUUUCCGCUAUCGACGUUCUAUUCGCAUCGGCCUAGAGGAUUGUGUGUGUUUGUUAUCCACUGCGUUAUCAGCAGCCAGUUUAGAGCAAAUAAGCCUGGCAAUAAGUCGAAUGGCACUUGCUUAACGGUGAAAAAUUUCCGCUGUACGCAAAUUGAGGUCAUCCCACACACAUCAACAGCUGGAACAUGUUUUCCGUGUUUAAGAAGCUGGCCGCCAAGGGUGACGGGUCGGGUGGUACUGCCGGCGGCACUGGGGGUGGUUCCGGUACGCUGCCGGAAUCCGUUGGCCAGCAGAUGUCGGAUUCGCUGCGAAAAAAGUUCUCCCGUGGAGUGCAGUAUAAUAUGAAAGUUAUCAUCAAGGGCGACCGGAACGUAGGAAAGUCGUGUCUGCUGGAGCGUUUGCAGGGCAAAGCCUUUCUCGAGCAGUACAAUCCGACCGAGCAGAUUCAGGUUGCUUCAAUACAAUGGUCCUUCAAGGCAACCGAUGACAUUGUGAAGGUUGAGGUGUGGGACGUCGUGGAUCGGGGAAAAGCCAAGCAGAAGUCGGCAGCUCUCAAGUUGAACACCGACCCUCAGGUGGAAGAUGUUCCGGUACUGGAUGCGGAGUUUUUAGACGUCUACAAGGGUACCCAUUGUGUGGUCAUGAUGAUGGACAUUACCAAGGCUUGGACGUUCGAUUACGUUGGUCGAGAGCUGCCAAAAGUGCCAGGAGACAUUCCGGUGUUGCUGCUGGGAAAUCAUUGCGACAUGGGCCACCAUCGGGUGAUUAGUAAAGAUCAAAUACAGGGUUUCAUUGAGGAAGCCAGCCAGAAGCGGACGGCGGAAAUCGUCUAUGGGGACAGCUCGAUGAGGAAUGGAUUUGGACUGAGAUUGUUGCAUAAGUUUUUUGGCAUUCCAUUUCUGUAUCUACAGCGGAACGCUCUAGAGGCAUCUCUGAAGAAAAAUGAACAGGAUGCUGAUAUUUGUAGGCUAGAGAUUAGUGAAUUUUUGAAAUCCACUGAGUCUGACUAUGGAAAUUUUUUGGAGAAUCUCAUCAACCGAAAGAAGGCAAAAGAAUCUACACCCCAUCCACAGGCGUCUUCUGUCCCUUCUACACCGGUAGAAGCAUUCCCCCGGCCAACGAAAAGUAUCAUACUGGGUGGUGGACACCCGAUUAUCGUUCCAGACCGAAACAGUCACCUUGCAGUGGCUUCGACUACGGUCGUUAACACUGCCAAAGUGACGACCGUUGCGUCUACUGCCAGCGCAUCGCCUGCGCGGUCUUCCCCGGCCGGUGUGGAUGCGCUUAGGAUUCCCAGAAGUGCCACCCUAGGAUCGAUUCCGGCUGAUAGUGCCAACAACGCAAGUGGGUUUGUGGCAGCUGGCGGUGGGUUUGCGUCGGGUAAGAUUUGCAAUGUGGAUGAAUUCUGCCCGGAUGGGGGAGUUCUGGAUAAAUCUUUUCUGGAUGAUACUACGGAUGUGAAUACGACUGGUGGAUUGCUGGAACCUGCCAUGGAUUCCGAUAGUGACGAAGACGGUCACCACAAUCCACUGGUUUCUCGAUUUGACGAUGAUUUCGGUGCGGGCGACGAAAAAGAUCAGCUGCAGCUUGGACAACUGCGAACAUCUCUGGCAUUGGCUACCGAGGCGGCAAGUAAAACUAAACGAACGAUUCCCUUGUUGCGGCACAGCCAGACACCGUCGCCUAAUCCGCCCGUGGUCGAUCGGGCUUUUUCCCUGUCCAGCAUGGAAUUGGAAAUCGAUCGAGUGUGCGACACGGGGCCGACCGUCAACCCUGGCGAAGAAGAAACGGGAUCUUUAUCGAACAGCGAAAGUUGGUCACUAGACACAAAGGAGCGCCGUUCUCCGGAGGGUGGUGAAGAUGUCGAUUCGAACAUUUCUGCUACCUGCCUAAAGACCAGUAAUAACAACAACAAUGUCAGUAGUAGUAGUACCCGGAAGAGCAAAGAUAAGGAGCGUAGCGGCAGCAGUAGCAAGCACAAGAAGUCGAAGAAGUCCAGCCGGGAGAAGGACGACUCGCGCGAGGAACGGCGAAAAAGUAAACGUCGUAGCCACGUGGACGAUUUUGUGCAGGAGAUGAAAUCCAGUGCCGAGUACUGCGAGGAUGCCUACGAAGCGAUCUAAACCCCGAUGAGACUUUUCGAAUUUUUAACUCGGCAAACAUUUUCCUUAAACCCCUUCCUCUAGUAGCUUUGUAAUCGAUGGCGCUUAUUCGUACAGUUUGUAUAUGGAGAAUAGUGUUAAUCUACUAAUCUUAUCAGUGUUUCUGAAUUAAAAAAAAAAAAUUAAAUUUUAUCAGAUGUUAUUCCAGCAGUUGUUAA